AUGUCAUUUUCGUCGUUCACGCGACUGCUACGCUUUGUGCCGAUUUCCGAUGGGUCAAGAGUAUGCAUUGGAGAACCAGGAUCACAUACUAUCGGCGUCGGAGUCGCUAUUCGAGAAGGCCUGUCAGUGUCGACUUUGCUAAGAUCUGGGACAUUGGUGCUCUCCUCAGGCAACAAGACGCACCGACGCGAGUUCAUUGGCCGGCUACUUUCGCCAAUCGUUAGUAGCGAAGUAGAAACGAUUCGUUGCAUCGGUCUCAACAUGCGCCUCUGGACCGGAUCACGUUAUAUCUGCCUUGGAUACUGA